UGUCAGCCACGGAGGACACGCCCCUUUAAUUCGCAAAGUUUGCGGAAGUUAUUGUUUGACUCGGACGGUGAAGUAAACGCUGUGCCCGUUGUUUACCUCGUACACACUGAAAUCACCAGGUUGUUUAAGGUUUUUAAGAGAUGGACAUCAACUCGGAGAAGAAACAGCGGAUCCUCUCCAGGUAUAAAUUCCAUGAUGUUGCAAUAGAGGAGUUAGAGAAAAUCCAUCGUGUGUACCCUGAUAUGCAACUAUUGAACGGCACCUACACUUUUACUGACGGCACUCAGAAAGAUCUCCUGAAGCUGAUAGGAAACCUUCCAGUAACAUAUGACGGGCAAUCGUACAACUUCCCGAUCCUGCUGUGGCUGCUGGACUCCUUCCCCUUCACGCCUCCCAUCUGCCUGCUGCGGCCCACCCCCGCCAUGGUGAUCAGGGAGGGCCGGCACGUGGACGCCCGGGGACGCAUCUACCUGCCCAUGCUACACAACUGGGACCACCCCAAGACCAACGUGGUGGCUCUUCUGAAGGAGAUGAGCACCAAGUUCCAGCAGGAGGCGCCGCUGUCGUCGAAGGCCAGCGGAGAGGAGGACCCCCACAAGCUGCUGGCGUCCAUCUCAAGGCUCCAGAAAGAAGGAGGAGUACGGCACCACGACCAACCCCACCACAAAGUGUCCGUCAUAGGGGGAGGGGACUUGGGAAUGGCUACCGUGAUGAGCAUCUUGGCCAAGGGCAUGGUGGACAAACUGGUUUUCAUCGAUGUGGCGGAGAGCUCAACCAAGGGUGGAAGCGGCGACCUUGAGAUCUUCAGACUGCCCAAGGUGGAGGUGUCCAAAGAUCUGUCAGCAUCAGCAGGGUCCGCGGUCGUCGUGGUGACGGCCAACGCGUGGAGCAACGAGCAGUCGUACGAGGGCGUGGUGCAGACCAACGUUGACAUGUACCGCGGGAUCAUCCCCGCGCUGGCCCGCCACAGCCCCCACGCAGUGAUGCUCAUCGCCUCCCACCCAGUCGACAUCAUGACCCACGUGGCCUGAGGCAGAGCGGCCUGACGCACGCGCAC